AUGCCUAACAGAAACGUGGUGGCGUGGAACGCGGUGAUGACCAACGCCGUGCUCGCCGGCCGGCCCCUCGAGACGGUCCAAGCUUACUUUGGGCUCCGGGAGGCUGGUGGGAUGCCGAAUGUCGUCUCGGUCUGUGCGUUCUUCAACGCGUGCGCCGGGGCGAUGCUCCUGUUGCCUGGGGCCCAAUUCCAUGGGUUCGUGGUGAAGUGCGGUUUUGACAUGGAUGUCUCGGUGUCGAAUGCGAUGGUUGAUUUCUAUGGGAAGUGCCGAUGCGCGGAGAAGGCAAAGAUGGUGUUUGAUGCGAUGAGAGUCAGGAACAGUGUAUCAUGGUGUUCCAUGGUUGUUGCAUAUGCACAGAACGGGGCAGAGGAGGAUGCUUUUGCUGUGUACCUGGGUGCGAGGAGGGCGGGGGAAGAGCCGACUGACUUCAUGGUCUCCAGUGUGCUCACUACAUGCGCAGGCCUGCUAGGCCUUGACCUUGGGCGUGCUCUGCAUGCAGUUGCUGUUCGCUCUUGCAUCGAUGCAAACAUCUUUGUUGCAAGUGCAUUGGUUGACAUGUAUGGCAAGUGCGGGGGUGUUGAAGAUGCUCACCAUGUCUUUGUCGAUAUGCCACAGCGGAAUCUUGUCACAUGGAAUGCGAUGAUUGGAGGGCAUGCUAACAUCGGUGAUGCUAUAAACGCACUUGCAGUGUUCAGUGAUAUGAUAGCGAGUGGAGAGACAGCACCUAACUACAUCACACUUGUAAAUGUGAUCACAGCCUGCAGUAGAGGAGGUUUGACCAAGGAAGGCUAUGAGCUGUUUGAGACAAUGAGGGAGAGGUUUGGGAUAGAACCACGGACUGAGCACUAUGCUUGCGUGGUUGACUUGCUUGGGCGUGCAGGAAUGGAAGAGCGAGCUUAUGAGAUUAUACAGAGGAUGCCAAUGAGACCUUCCAUUUCUCUCUGGGGAGCACUACUUGGGGCAUGCAAGAUGCAUGGGAAGACAGAGCUGGGAAGGAUUGCAGCUGAGAAGUUGUUUGAACUUGACCCUCAGGACUCUGGCAAUCACGUGCUGCUCUCAAACAUGCUUGCAUCAGCUGGCAGCAUCCACGAUGUGUAUGCAUGCCGCUAA